CGCAUCCCGUCCCGGCGCCAGCCUCACCGCGAACUGAGCUGGGCUCGACAGCGCAACGCCCCCCGGAAAACGACAUCAUUUCUUUUGACACCGAAACGGCCCGGUGUUUGCGAACGAGACACUAGACGAAGCGCGCAUCUGGGGCUUGCACUUCUUAUUUCUACUCCUGCCGACAUGGCGGCUUCGAUGGUGUCUGCAUCGUCGACCGCUGGCGGCGACGGUGACGGACCGUUACCCGCAGGAAACAACCCAUCCUCAACCGCGCCCUCAAUCUCGGCACCAAUCACCGCCGGCGUCGCGCCUUCCAACUCGACCUCUCCCCAGGUCGAUGCGACACCCGCAAUCCCUGGCCGCGACAAGGAGUCACUCAACAAGGUCGUUGUCGAGCGCUUCCAGACACGCGACUGGAUUCAUACAUCUGCCCUCAAAGAAGCUCAGAUCCGGCUAGAGAAGGACACGAAAGACUUGCUCGCACGCGCGAGCGACUACCGCACAUACAGGGACUUCUAUGCCAGUUAUCCUUCGAGACUCUACGGCGAGGGCUACCGCGGGUACGGCAAUGGCUACACCGAGAACGGGACUACGACGAAGAUCAUAUAUCCCUCGCAGAAGCCGCGCCCCGGCAAGAGGACGACGCCCGCUGUGAAGUUCAGCAAGAAGGACCUGAAGAAGCAGGCCGAGCAGCACGAGGAGCUGGUGCCCAUCCGGAUAGACGUCGACUGGGACAAGAUCAAACUGCGCGACACCUUUACCUUCAACCUCCACGAGCGCCUGAUCUCCGUCGAGCACUUCGCGGCCCAGCUAGUCGAGGAUAUGGGUCUCAAUCCGUCCGUCGACAAGUCAGUUUACGAGCAGGUGGCUCAACAAAUGCGCGAGCAAUUGAUAGACUUCUACCCGUUUGCCUACACUGAAGAAGACGCACUGGAUCCCGAACUCCCGUAUUCCGCCUAUAAGAACGACGAGAUGCGCAUACUAAUCAAGCUCAAUAUUACAAUUGGCAUGCACACCUUGGUAGAUCAGUUCGAAUGGGACAUUAAUAACCCGAUGAACUCCCCCGAAGAGUUCGCCGCUGGCAUGGCACGCGACCUGUCACUUUCAGGCGAGUUCACGACGGCGAUUGCGCACUGUAUACGCGAACAGACACAGCUGUUCACGCGCAGCUUGUACAGCAUCGGCCAUCCGUUCGACGGCCGACCGAUUGAGGAUGCCGACCUCGUGGCUGCAUUCCUUCCAUCACCCCUGCCCUCCGUAUUCCGACCCCAACAGCAAGCCAAAGACUACGCGCCCUACUUGUACGAGAAUACCGAAGCCGAGCUGGAGAGGAGCGAGACCAUGUUCUCGCGAGAGCAGAGGCGGCAGAAGCGGUCGAUCAACCGUCGCGGUGGCCCUCAGCUCCCAGACUUGAAGGAGAGGCAAAGGACCAUCCGCACGUCGAUCGUCUCCUCGGUACUACCCGGCGCUGCCCCCAACAUCGAAGAGAGCCGUCUCUUCAAACGGUCCUUGGGCGGCGGUCUAAGUGGGAGGGGCAAGAGGGCAGCCCGCGAUGGCGAUCUGUCUGAUUCUGAAGAUAGUGAUGACUCGGCGCCCGAUUCCCCAGCCAUGUCCCAGCUACAGGGCACCGCGAGGACUAGAGGGAUGCGCGGUGCCGCCAGUGCGGCCGUUCAGCGCAUGGCGAACCCCGGACGACCUGAGACUCCCGAAGCUGUCAUUCACCACCACGAGACCAGAACGUCACGUCGCUUCGGGCGUGAAGCGACGCGGGAACAGACCGAAGAGCCGCAACAGUAUAUGCUCACGCUUAAAGUCAGCCCGGCAAGGCUGAGACAGCUCAUGCGAGACCUCGGCAUGCGACGAAGGGCGCCACGAGGCGCAACGCCAACCAUUGCUCACCAACGCGCUCCGAGUUCCACCGGCCCAGGUUCCAUGGGUCCUCCAUCCACCCCGUCUGCAUCAACCCAACACCUCCCGACAAAGCCCAACGCUGGCCCUUCCCUCCAACCGCAAGGCCAACUAGGCCGCGUGCCGGCCCCUCCUCCCGGACCGAACGGGACCGCCCCGAACCAGCCACCGCCCCCGCCCCCAGAAUGGCUGACCACCGCGCUCUCGGACCUGCACAAGUCCUACCCCGACGACUCGUUCGAGGCCAUCAUGCGCUACUGCGCCAUCAACACCGACACCAACUCCUUCGUCCAGCUGCCCCUCUCCCUCCCCGCCGGCGAGUCGACGACGACGACGACGAUCCCCUCCAACAUCCAGUUUGCCUGGCUGCCCCGGAUCCGUUGUCGCGACUGCCCGGGCAAAUCGUACACGGCCGGGCCCGACAUGACGGUCAUGAACUUCGAGGUCCACCUGAAGAAUCGCACGCACCGGGAGAAGGUCAUGGCGCGGGUGGCGAGGGGGCAGGGGGGUCAGGGGUAAAGCUUCAAUGGGAUCCGAGGCCCCGCUUGCUCAUUGUCGGGAGUUGCGUGUGUGUAAAGAAGUCUGGCAUGGAAAAGAGGGUGGGGGCGCUAAUAACUAGCUCGGACGAUGAGA